GCUGACGUGAGGGCACAACUUGAACUGAGGCUAUUGACACCAAAAGCAGCGGCAGCAUUUGUAAAAGAAAACUUAGCCGGAUAUGCUCGAAAAGAAAUUAACGGGCGAGGCAAGGAAGUUGGUGAAGAUGCAGAGAAGAUUCUCGCAGUUUUGCUGAGAGUGUUUGGAGAUGGCAACACCCUACCACAGCUCCAGCAAAGGUUCUUUUCAUACAAGCAGAUGCCUCAGCAGGACCUAUUAAGCUGUUCACUGGAACUGGUGAGUCUCUAUGACAAUAUUGUUUCUCUUGAUGGUGCCUAUAGUGCAUGCAGAGAAAGCUCUCUAAAAAGCAGAUUGGCUGAAGCAGUCGUCGAUGAAAACCUAAAGAGAGAGUUAAGGAGACUUAAUAUCGAGUCACCCAAACUGGCUUUCUUUGAGCUUAGAGACAGGGCAGUGAAUUGGCUUGGAACUACAACGGAUAGAUAUACAAGGGAGGCCACUGUGAAGACCGUAUCAGCAGAGACCAAUGUUCUUGAACUCCUGAAGAAGCAAACUGCGCAGAUAGAGGCUCAACAAACGCAAAUAAACAAGUUACAAGAUCAGCUAAUCAACGGCAGAGGACAGAUGCCAGUGAGACGGUAUCAGCCAUCAAAUGGAAGACAAGAUCGGCGUUGUUAUGUUUGCGACCAACCAGGCCACUUCAAGUGUGAUUGCCCACAAAGAGUAAGAAGGUCUAGCAAUGCCAACAAGUUCAAUCCUUUAAACGAAAGGAGCCCAUCGUCAUGAGUCAGACGGUGGGCGGCCCGUUCAACGACUCGUUCCUACAGAAAGCAGUUGGGAAGUGCCCGGAAAUUUCAGUUAGGGUAGGUAAUGUUAGCCUUAGAUGUCUUAUCGACACCGGAGCUCAAGUGUCAACCGUCACAGAAAGCUUUUACCGAGAACACCUAGCGGAUAGAGAAACAGAAGACAUUUCAUCACACUUAAAGAUAUCAGGGGCACAGGGCUUAGAA